AUGCUCCAGUCCACAAAGCACAGAAAUCAGUGAGAGCAAAUGCAACAUUUCAUGGCCAAAUCAGUAGAUAUACUGUAGCAGCUCUUGUAGCAGCCUGAACAUUUGUAUUCAACAUGAAUUAGCUCUGCUUUUAGUAACUAUAAUCAUUUUAGGAGUUUCCACCUCUGAAUAAGGAUAUCAGGGAAAUGAGUCACUUUGAUAACAAUGGUGCUCUCUCACCCCUCCUCCUCUUUAUCCUCUGCUCCCUCUCUUCCCUCCCUCUCAUGACUCCACAUCCCCAGGCUCUGUUGGACGGGCGAUCACCAUGGAGGAAGGUUUCUCUGUCAUGUAAAACCCAAGCUCCGCCGGGGACUUGCCAAGGAUUGCAUUGCCAAGGCUGAGGAGACCUUCAGGAAACAGCACCCUGCCUUCACAGACUACCUGUUCACAGGUAUGGAAUAUAGACUAAGGGGAAUGAGAGAGAGGCAUAGACUCUCAUACUGCCAGUGCCUUAAUUAUCUGGCCCUGCCUUCACAUCGCCUCAUCUUUCCCGCAUCCCCUCCUAUCAAAACGAAGGCAUAUCUACAGAUCCCUGCCGAUUUCAUAUAAGCCGCCCUCCCCUACCAUGAUUUAGCCACGUUAGCAUGUUACCUCCCCAUGGGCUGUAUCUUAACCCCUUCAUGCGCAUGGGUUCCAAUUUGAGAGGCGCUGUUCCAGUAACUCUUAAUCAUCCUCUGCACUGAGACAUGGGCCCUGACUGGUGCAUGUGUCCGUGGGCAGAUUACCCAGACUGCCAUGGGCUAGGCUUGAGCUGCAGUGUCCAGGGAGGUAAUCAGCGGGAAUGGUUGGCAGCGGGGAGGAGAGGGGGAGGUGGAGGGUAGAACCCAGACGGUGGAUGAAAAGGGCUGAGAAUCUCUGAUGGCUUUGAUUAAAGUCAGACUUGUGCUCAGUUCUCUGCUUCCACCCAGCCAGGAUAACAAGCCAGGCCAGUAACCCCCAGUGAAACAGGUCAGUGGUCAGAGGAGGGCGCUCUCUGGACUGGGCUCAUCAAUAACACCACACACACAGGUUAGGUAGAGAUACACACACACACAGGCAGGCAGGCAGGCAGUGCUCUGAUCAGCUCUCCACGGCCACCUCAACCCACUGUAAUCAUCAAUAUGUAAUCAUCUUUGUCAGCAACAAGAACUGAACAAUGGGAAAGAGAAACAUUCACUUGAGUUGCUCCAUAAGUGUAGGCUCCUGUACAUUAGCCACAGUAAUACUGUAAUAACACUCAGUGAGUGUGUUUCUGAACUAUUGCUUUAUGUAUUGUACAUUCACCAUGGAAACUCUGUGUUCAUGGACACAGCAGGGAACCCAUCAUCCAACCAUCACCACUCUGUGGGUGAGUCUGUCUGGGUGGAUCCUUUUAAGGCUAAUAGCAUUCAUGUAACGUUGACCCAAGGGUCAGCAAUGCCAUGAAAACAACCCAAAUGAGUGAACAGGUUUUGGGAGCAGAGCAGCCAUGGUGGGGGGACACUGAUGACCAUACAGUAGGCUACAUUCACGGUCCCUCUCUUUGAGGGUCAUUGUCGGUCCCCCUUCAAACCAAACUGCAUCCCAAAUGGGUCCCUAUUCCCUAUGAGGCCUCAUCAAAAGUAGUACACUAAAUAGGGAAUAGAUUGCCAUUUGGGACGCUGACAGUUGUAAUCCAAUCAUUGGAAUUCCCUGGAGAACACAUCCAUCCCCUGCUGUGGCUUGUGUCAACAUUAAACUUUGCCUCAGGGGAUGAAAAAGGCAAUUUCCCAAUUUCCACGCAUUCAUGGAACACAUAGAGACAGUAACAUAUGAAAGGGCUGACAUUUGUGUGUGGUAUUGAAUACAGUGGGGAAAAAAAGUAUUUAGUCAGCCACCAAUUGUGCAAGUUCUCCCACUUAAAAAGAUGAGAGAGGCCUGUAAUUUUCAUCAUAGGUACAUGUCAACUAUGACAGACAAAAUGUGAAAAAAAAUCCAGAAAAUCACAUUGUAGUAUUUUUUAUGAAUUUAUUUGCAAAUUAUGGUGGAAAAUAAGUAUUUGGUCAAUAACAAAAGUUUCUCAAUACUUUGUUAUAUACCCUUUGUUGGCAAUGACACAGGUCAAACGUUUUCUGUAAGUCUUCACAAGGUUUUCACACACUGUUGCUGGUAUUUUGGCCCAUUCCUCCAUGCAGAUCUCCUCUAGAGCAGUGAUGUUUUGGGGCUGUCGCUGGGCAACACGGACUUUUAACUCCCUCCAAAGAUUUUCUAUGGGGUUGAGAUCUGGAGACUGGCUAGGCCACUCCAGGACCUUGAAAUGCUUCUUACGAAGCCACUCCUUCGUUGCCCGGGAGGUGUGUUUGGGAUCAUUGUCAUGCUAAAAGACCCAGCCACGUUUCAUCUUCAAUGCCCUUGCUGAUGGAAGGAGGUUUUCACUCAAAAUCUCACGAUACAUGGCCCCAUUCAUUCUUUCCUUUACACGGAUCAGUCGUCCUGGUCCCUUUGCAGAAAAACAGCCCCAAAGCAUUUUCCACCCCCAUGCUUCACAGUAGGUAUGGUGUUCUUUGGAUGCAACUCAGCAUUCUUUGUCCUCCAAACACGAUGAGUUGAGUUUUUACCAAAAAGUUCUAUUUUGGUUUCAUCUGACCAUAUGACAUUCUCCCAAACUUCAGACGGGCCUGGACAUGUACUGGCUUAAGCAGGGGGACACGUCUGGCAAUGCAGGAUUUGAGUCCCUGGCGGAGUAGUGUGUUACUGAUGGUAGGCUUUGUUACUUUGGUCCCAGCUCUCUGCAGGUCAUUCACUAGGUCCCCCCGUGUGGUUCUGGGAUUUUUGCUCACCGUUCUUGUGAUCAUUUUGAUCCCACAGGGUGAUAUCUUGCGUGGAGCCCCAGAUCGAGGGAGAUUAUCAGUGGUCUUGUAUGUCUUCCAUUUCCUAAUAAUUGCUCCCACAGUUGAUUUCUUCAAACCAAGCUGCUUACCUAUUGCAGAUUCAGUCUUCCCAGCCUGGUGCAGGUCUACAAUUUUGUUUCUGGUGUCCUUUGACAGCUCUUUGGUCUUGACCAUAGUGGAGUUUGGAGUGUGACUGUUUGAGGUUGUGGACAGGUGUCUUUUAUACUGAUAACAAGUUCAAACAGGUGCCAUUAAUACAGGUAACGAGUGGAGGACAGAGGAGCCUCUUAAAGAAGAAGUUACAGGUCUGUGAGAGCCAGAAAUCUUGCUUGUUUGUAGGUGACCAAAUACUUAUUUUCCACCAUAAUUUGCAAAUAAAUUCAUAAAAAAUCCUACAAUGUGAUUUUCUGGAAAAAAAAUUCUCAAUUUGUCUGUCAUAGUUGACGUGUACCUAUGAUGAAAAUGACAGGCCUCUCUCAUCUUUUUAAGUGGGAGAACUUGCACAAUUGGUGGCUGACUAAAUACUUUUUUUCCCCACUGUAUACUGCUUAUGGCCGGGUGACGCCCUGUAGCACACUACAAGACAUGAAGACACUAUUUCUAUUUCAGUGUAUUGUGAGAAUAACAAUCAUACUGUAUCUGUCUCUCACACAUACUGUAUAUUAUAUUAGUCCUGAAUUAAAGAAAAUGGAUUGGAUUCUGUUGAUUUGAGAGGAACAUGGUAGUACCUAUUAGAGUUGCUUCAAUGCAGUGUAGAGAUUAAGAUUUCACUCGAAUGUACUCAUUUAAAUUACCCAGCCCUCCUGUUCCCCUCUGCCUGUCCCCCAGACCCCAGUGGAGGUCCACUGCUGCCCCAGACCACAGAAAGGGGUUGCAGAUGAUGUAGAAUAUUGAAGUAUGCAGCAACAUAUUAAAGUGUGCAGACAGAUAGACAGUGACAAGUCACAGAACCCACUUGACGUCACACAGCGGGGUGCGACUGUGACUGUGACCUAGCCCUUGAUCUGGUGUUCAUGUCACACUGUCAGCUCUUCGUCCUCACAGCACCUUCAUAAUCACAACACCAAAGAGAUCACACACACUCUCUAAAAUACACACACACAAACACUCUAAAAUACACACACACACACACACACACUCUUCAGGAUGAACAAACAGAGCAAUGCAGCUGAGGGACAUUGAAUAUUCAAUAAGACUAUGCAGGCAGGCAAGGUUGUUGUUGCUCAAUAGUACCGCAGGUUUAUAACACUGGCUUAGAUUCUGGUAUGGAAAUUGACCAUAGGCUUUCAGUUCAUUACCUUACUCAGCUGGUAAUUUUGGGAUUAGUAGAUUUGUCAUUUGACCCCAGUCAUCUUGCAAUCAUUACGUCAAGGGGAGGUGAAAUAUUGACACUGGUUGGAUGGAACAGAAAUAAGAGAGAUCUAGCUUCUGUGUUAUACAUUUACAUUACCCUUCACAAGGUCUUGUGUUUUGUUUUUACAUACUGGUAACCAGAGUCGUUCAAGGGAAUUCGGGACAUGGGUGACUAGUUAACGUUAGCUUGGCUCUCUCUGUGUGUUCGUGCCGUGGGAGGAGGGGUUUUUUCGUUGGCAGAGAGCAAUGGCUAGCUAGUAUGCUAACUAUUCUAGCUAACUAACUGGCUGAAUAAGUUGACGACGUACUCACUCAAACUGUCAAAAUUAACCCAGAACUUUACACAACGUUAGACACGGACAUGAAUGAUCUGCUUGGCGUGUUGACACACUGGUGGUUUGUUGUGGCCGAGUAUUGGUGCUAAACCGUGUUGUUGGAGGCUGGCAUGCUAGUUGGCUGUGGCGUCAUAGGAUUCAGUGCCCUGGACGGUUUUCACGGAAGAAUACUGUACCAAUUUAGCUAGCUGAAUAAACUAAGUUACUCUAUCCCUAGAAAACAUUGAACCGCUGUAGUUUACAACAAUUAUAGUUUCUGAGGUGGAAGUUGGGAGAGUUAUAUUUGGGUGUUUCAGUGAAACGUAAGUGAGGGAGGCCCCGCUCUCUCGCUUUCUCAGAUGUUUAGUUAAUUUCAUUCCGAUCUCCUUUGCAUUAUUGUAACCAUUUUCUGUAGCCUGUCAACUAUGUGUCUGUUUAUCCCUGUUCUCUCCUCUCCGCACAGGCUAUACAAACGCCUCACACCGCGUGUCUGCUGCCACUCUAACCUGGUGGUCCCUGCACGCACGACCCAUGUGGACUUCCAGGUCUCCGGCAGCCUCUGGAACUGCCGUUCUGCGGCCAACAAGGCAGAGUUCAUCUCAGCCUAUGCUACCCUCCAGUCCCUCGACUUCUUGGCGCUGACGGAAACAUGGAUUACCACAGAAAACACUGCUACUCCUACUGCUCUCUCCUCGUCUGACCAUGUGUUCUCGCAUACCCCGACAGCAUCUGGUCAGCGGGGUGGUGGCACAGGAAUCCUCAUCUCUCCCAAGUGGAUAUUCUCUCUUUCUCCCCUGACCCAUCUGUCUAUCUCUUCAUUUGAAUUCCAUGCUGUCACAGUCACUAGCCCAUUCAAGCUUAUCAUCCUUAUCAUUUAUCGCCCUCCAGGUUCCCUUGGAGAGUUCAUCAAUGAGCUUGACGCCUUGAUAAGUUCCUUUCCUGAGGAUAGCUCACCCCUCACAGUUCUGGGUGACUUUAACCUCCCUACGUCUACCUUUGACUCAUUUCUCUCUGCCUCCUUCUUUCCACUCCUCUCCUCUUUUGACCUCACCCUCUCACCGUCCCCCCCUACUCACAAGGCAGGCAAUACGCUUGACCUCAUCUUUACUAGAUGCUGUUCUUCUACUAAUCUCACUGCAACUCCCCGCCAAGUCUCCGACCACUACUUUGUAUCCUUUUCUCUCUCGCUCUCCUCCAACACUACUCACUCUGCCCCUACUCAGAUGGUAAUGCGCCGUCGCAACCUUCGCUCUCUCUCCCGCUACUCUCUCCUCUUCCAUCCUAUCAUCUCUUCGCUCUGCUCAAUCCUUCUCACUCCAAUCUCCUGAUUCUGCCUCCUCAACCCUCCUCUCCUCCCUUUCUGCAUCCUUUGACUCUCUAUGUCCCCUAUCCUCCCGGCCGGCUCGGUCCUCCCCUCCUGCUCCGUGGCUUGACACCUCAUUGCGAGCUCACAGAACAGGGCUUCGGGCAGCCGAGCGGAAAUGGAGGAAAACUAGACUCCCUGCGGACCUGGCAUCUUUUUCACUCCCUCCUCUCUACAUUUUCUUCCUCUGUUUCUGCUGCUAAAGCCACUUUCUACCACUCUAAAUUCCAAGCAUCUGCCUCUAACCCUAGGAAGCUCUUUGCCACCUUCUCCUCCCUGCUGAAUCCUCCUCCCCCUCCCCCCCUUCUCCCUCUCUGUGGAUGACUUCAUCAACCAUUUUGAAAAGAAGUUUGACGACAUCCGAUCCUCGUUUGUUAAGUCAAAUGACACCGCUGGUCCUGCUCACACUGCCCUACCCUAUGCUUUGACUUCUUUCUCCCCUCUCUCUCCAGAUGAAAUCUUGCGACUUGUGACGGCCGGCCGCCCAACAACCUGCCCGCUUGACCCUAUCCCCUCCUCUCUUCUCCAGACCAUUUCCGGAGACAUUCUCCCUUACCUCACCUCGCUCAUCAACUCAUCCUUGACCGCUGGCUUUGUCCCUUCCGUCUUCAAGAGAGCGAGAGUUGCACACCUUCUCAAAAAACCUACACUCGAUCCCUCCGAUGUCAACAACUACAGACCAGUAUCCCUUCUUUCUUUUCUCUCCAAAACUCUUGAGCGUGCCGUCUUUAGCCAACUCUCUUGCUAUCUCUCUCAGAAUGACCUUCUUGAUCCAAACCAGUCAGGUUUCAAGACUGGUCAUUCAACUGAGACUGCUCUUCUCUGUGUCACGGAGGCUCUCCGCAUUGCUAAAGCUAACUCUCUCUCCUCUGCUCUCGUCCUUCUAGACCUAUCUGCUGCCUCCUCCUUUCCCCCUUCUGAUAACCAGGUGGUGAAUCGCAUCUCUGCAUGUCUGGCAGACAUAUCAGUGUGGAUGAUGGAUCACCACCUCAAGCUGAACCUCGGCAAGACGGAGCUGCUCUUCCUCCCGGGGAAGGACUGCCCGUUCCAUGAUCUCGCCAUCACGGUUGACAACUCCGUUGUGUCUUCCUCCCAGAGUGCAAAGAACCUUGGCGUGACCCUGGACAACACCCUGUCGUUCUCCGCUAACAUCAGGGCGGUGACCCGAUCCUGUAGGUUCAUGCUCUACAACAUUCGCAGAGUACGACCCUGCCUUACACAGGAAGCGGCACAGGUCCUAAUCCAGGUACUUGUCAUCUCCCGUCUGGAUUACUGCAACUCGCUGUUGGCUGGGCUCCCUGCCUGUGUCAUUAAACCCCUACAACUCAUCCAGAACGCCGCAGCCCGUCUGGUGUUCAACCUUCCCAAGUUCUCUCACGUCACCCCGCUCCUCCGCACACUCCACUGGCUUCCAGUUGAAGCUCGCAUCUGCUACAAGACCAUGGUGCUUGCCUACGGAGCUGUGAGGGGAAUGGCACCUCCGUACCUUACGGCUCUGAUCAGUCCCUACACCCAAACGAGGGCAUUGCGAUCAUCCACCUCUGGCCUGCUGGCCCCACUACCUCUGCGGAUGCACAGUUCCCGCUCAGCCCAGUCAAAACUGUUCGCUGCUCUGGCACCCCAAUGGUGGAACAAGCUUCCUCACGACGCCAGGACAGCGGAGUCACUCACCACCUUCCGGAGACACUUGAAACCCCACCUCUUUAAGGAAUACCUGGGAUAGGAUAAAGUAAUCCUUCUACCCCCCCUUACCCCACCCAAAAAAAAUAAAAAAAUAAAAAAUAAAUAAUGUGUAAAGUGGUUUUCCCACUGGCUAUCAUAAGGUGAAUGCACCAAUUUGUAAGUCGCUCUGGAUAAGAGCGUCUGCUAAAUGACGAAAAUGUAAAAUGUAGAUGUCUCCCGAGUGGCGCAGUGGUCUAAGGCACAUUGCAGUGCUAGCUGUGCCACUAGAGAUCCUGGUUCAAAUCCAGGCUCUGUCGUAGCCGGCCGCGACCGGGAGACCCAUGGGGCGGUGCACAAUUUGUCCAGGGUAGGUAAGGGAAUGGCCAGCAGGGAUGUAGCUCAGUUGGUAGAGCAUGGCGUUUGCAACGCCAGGGUUGUGGGUUUGAUUCCCACGGGGGGCCAGUAUGAAAAAAAUUAAAUAAUAAUGUAUGCACUCACUAACUGUAAGUCGCUCUGGAUAAGAGCGUCUGCUAAAUUACUAAAAUGUAAAUGUCUAGAGAGCAUACAGUAGAGACUUUGAAGAAUUGACUCAGCUGCUAACAAAAAAAAGAUAUGUGUUGGGGGAGGGAGUGCUUGUUCCUCAGUAGAGGACAGGGCAGACAGAGAUGAGGAGGUCAGCUGUGCUGUAGUCGUGAUGGGAGUGUGUUGUGCUCUGUUAAAAGGGAUGGGGGAAAUUGAUGCCUUUGUGUAACGUAUCAAAUUGAUGCCUUUGUGUAAUGUAUCAAAGACAUGGGCACUGCAUGGGUUUGUUAAGCCAUCGGUCACUUGCCCCUGGCGCAGGGGGGUGGGUUGCUGCCUCUGAGCUCACCAUAAGGGGAUGUCACCACUGCAGUCCUGUGUGUGUACUGCUGCUGCUCUGUGUGAGUCACAAACACAGCACCAGACACACCAUCAAUCCUGCAUCUCUGAUGAAGGACAGUAGCCUACUGUACAUUGUUAUUUUGGAUGAAGGAACUGGGCUAUAUAAGACAUUGAAAGACCAGCGAUACAAAAUGAGGUACUAUAAUUGAUAGUGUGUUAAAUGUUAAGCAUUGAUUUACAGCAAUCCAUCAUUUCCGUGUGCUAGAGUAAGCUGAGGUUGAAUUGUCUGUAGACAUUGACUGUAUUGUUUGUUUAUUUUGAAGGACCCAGAGCCCCAUUCAGCCCCUGCAGCCCAGAGGACAUGGAGAGGCUGUGUGAAUGCAUUCAGCAAGUGGAUCCUACCCAUCUUAGAUUUUAUUAAGUGCACCAAACUAGCUGUGGGUAUACUGUUACAUGCUUUGAGUGGAGGAAAACGGAGCAACCAUACUUGAUAGAAAUAUGGAAGGUCCUAAAAAGAGUGGUGCUGGACUGGUAAACAGUCCUGAUAGCAACAGAAGGUGCUGGGUGUCAUUGUGCUGGAACACCAUGCACCGUCUACAUUAUCUAUCAAUUACCCUCUCCUCUCGCUAAGCACAGGCAGGAUGCUGUGGAAGUAAUCACGGCUCGGUCGUGGCUAGGUUGUUAUGGACUCAUUUCCCGGUGCCUUGGUAAGAGGCUGGAAGGCAGCAGUGUAAAGAGAUGGAGUAGCAUCUGCUGUGAUGUCUAGCUUAUCAAGUCAGAACUGUCUGUCAUAUUCUCCUAACAAACAGCGGUUGUUCAAAGGCAUCACAGAAACUCUAGCUUCAUUUCAAAUGCUUUCUCUCAUAUUUUGUACCAUGAUAGCAAUUUAUAAUUUGUAAAUGAGUCGUUUAUAAUUUAAUGUCGCAGUAGUAUACCCACUUAUCUCUUAAAGUUCCUGGAAUUGGUGGAGUAAGAGAAUGUUUUGUAAUAUUCUCAAAUGUUCUGUAAUAAUGGUACCAAUGGUAAUUUAUUUUAGCUCGUUAUCAGGACAUAAUGUGGAUCAUGAUUGCGACAUUUUCAAAGACUACAUUUCCAUAAUGCAGAUGGAUUGGAGUUCUAGGAGGACUGUGGUUUCCUUGAUGUCUUUUGUUGCUACUUGAAUCAUCCUUAUACAGAGGAACACCAUAGAGACAUGUAAAAGCAAAGUACAGGUUAUGUGGAGAGCAGAACUAAAUGUACACAAGGCACAGCUCUUUGAGAUCUGAGAGGAACUAAUGAUAGAAGCACUUUGAAAAUGAUCCUUUGGUGUCCUCUUAUCUGCAAUACAUGUAUUCACUCAUAGCAGCUCUCUCUUGCUUACCUGAAGAGAACCACACUCAUACACACACACACCUUUCUACCCACUUAUGUACUAUAGCCAUUAGUUGUAUGGCUGUUCAGUGAUGAACUACGGUAUGUGUUUGAAAGGAAAUUAGCAGUAAUGAAAGGAGUAGCAUUGAGCUUCAGAGUGGCUUGUAACAAACUUAGUGGGGAGAUUGUUUGCACUGUUGUUGUUGUUGCCGUGGUUGUUGUUGUUGAGAUGUACUCUGUGCUCAUCCCUAGUCAUUUGAGUGCUCAUUUCUUGCAGUAUAGGACAGACCAGGUCCUUGAUUGGUGUGCUGUGUCUCUGGAUCCUGUCUCGGGUUUACUAAGCAGCAUGUGGCCUGAGGUAGACACACAAUCGUAACACACACACAUAUACACACAUACACAGAGACAGAGAGAGAGAGAGAGAGAGAGAGAGAGAGAGAGAGAGAGAGACACACACAGAGGGAGACACACAGAAUCACAUAGACAGAGAAAGAUACACACAGAGAAUCACACACACACAGAAUGAGAGACACACAGAGAGAGACACACACACGCUGUUCUCCCCCGUGGCCCCCCAGCAGCACGGCUGCAGAUUGAGCAGACUCCAACACCUCGCCACCACAUAGAUGGCCCUGUCACGGAAGAACACGCUCUCUCCUCCCGCUGCUCUCAAUAAUUCAACAGGCUGAUCACCAAGCCCUUUCUUCUCCCCCUAAGAUGGGCAGUGCAAACUGAAGAGGAUAUUUCAUUUGGAACCGAACAGCAGAGCUCUGGCUGUCGAUUUCAGGAGCAUUGUGAUUCUAUUACAUCUGCGUGAAAUGCAGAGAGACACAAUAGUUAUUAAAUUAUUCACUCUGCAGCUGAGAAGGCUCGAGAAAAUCCUAUUAUGUUGCUAUUGAAAUAACUUGAUCUCUCAUCUGCAUCUGACGAAACCCCUUUCAUUCUGUUAUGAAGAAUCUAGACAAAUUCAGCUUGAACACCCUCCAACAAUCAGUGUAUAAUUGUUUGAUGUGUGCUGCAUAUAUUUGGUAGAGCCUUGAAACACGCAAUGCUAAAUUAUGUGUAAUUUUGAAAUGAGGAUGGGUUUUUCGCGUCUUCUGCUUGAGAUGAGUAUUUUAAAAGAUUUGUUAAUGAAAUACAUCUGCAUAUGUUCUGGGUCAGGGUUAAAAUCCUCAUAUAGGAACAGCUUACGCUAACAUACAGAGAUGUAGAUGAAAAUAUUUUACUGUACUAGGCACCAACAAUUAGAUCAUUUGCAUAGUUUAACUGGCAACACACAGGCAGUAAAAGCAUCGGCAUUGAGGUAAAACUAAUGCAAAUACAUAAUGACUAUAAAAAUCAGAUAGCUAUUGCUGCACUGUUUACCCUUGUGCUGCUCUGCUCUGUAACAUCCCAAACAUUGCAUGGGAAGGGGGGGGGGGGGGGAGUAUAAGACAAUCAUUUUAUUAAAUAUUCAGAGGGAACUAAAUAAAACAGCAUAGCUUGUAAAGUAAAGGAGUGUGUUGUUUUUUCCCUCCUUGGGAUAUUGAAAGUAAACAGAGAGGGGUGGCAGGCUAGGACAAAACAAAACAGGCAGACCCCUGCUAGCCAGGAGCACAGACAGUGGCGCUGGCUGAAAAAUGAUGCAUGCUGGAGGAUAUGUAUCUGUAAAAAAAUAAAUGACCAUAAAGGGGAUGAAUGACAGAGGGGAUAAUUGCAGGCCAAGCUCCCAGUAAAGAAGACGGCUUUGGGAAGUAGAGCAGCAUCAGGGCCAUCAUUUAGACACUGACCUCAGCGGGGCAGAAAUCACCUGGGGGGGGCAACCUUGAGGCCCGCAAGGGGAAGAGGGGGAAGGUAGAAAGAAUCACAACUUUUCAACAUGAUUUCCAGCCUUUUGUUGCCUAGGAAUAAAAGGGCCCGGACACUUUGUCAGGUUCCAGAUGGUGGAGAAAGAACACCAGGCGAUGCCAAAAGAUAUCUUCAGUGAUGGAUCGCUUCAGGAAGUGCCAGCUAGUUCGAUUAGAUACCAGGGGCGGACUGGUAUCCACACCAGCCCACAUCACUACCCACAUCACAGGGAAAGUAAAAACUGAUAUGGUUGUAGAGUUGUGUUUAUGUUUCUAAGGUUCCAAACAUAUGUUAUUUUCUUACCCAUUUAGUGACUAAAUGACAGCAUAGGUUUGAAAUAUAUUUCUAGCUAGUCUUGGAUGCUAGCCAGGGAUAAGUUACAGGACAGGGGGCCUCACGAGUGGCGCAGCGGUCUAAGGCACUGCAUCGCAGUGUUGCUGCGUCACUACAGCCUGGGGUUCGAUCCCCAGCUGUGUCACGACCGGCUAUGACCGGGAGUCCCAUAGGGCGGUGCACAAUUGGCCCAGCAUCGUACGGGUUAGGGGAGGGUUUGGCCGGGGGGCUUUACUUGGCUCAUCGCGUUCUAGCGACUCCUUGUGGUAGGCUGGGUGCCUGCAAGCUGACUUCGGUCGUCAGUUGAAUGGUGUUUCCUCCGACACAUUGGUGCAGCUGGCUUCCGGGUUAAGUGAGUGGGUGUGAAGAAGAAGCAGCUUGGCGGUCAUGUUUCAGAGGACGGCAAGACAAGAUUGUAAUUGGAUCGCAAUUGGAUAUCACGAAAAAGGGGGUAAUAAAAUAAAUAAUAAUAAUUCAAAUGUAAAAAAGUUACAGGAGAGAGGUGUGGUGCAGAAGCAAUGUUACCUCUAAGCUGUGCGUGCGCAGCAGCCCCGAGACUGCCACACAGCUCCCCGCGUGCAGAAAAAUCAGCCCACAGAGAGAAGCACCAGAUUGAAUUUCACUGAACAUUCUAGAGCAGUGGUCAAUCUCCAAGUCGUUCAUAAUCAAUUGCCAAACAUUUCUGUAAAAAACCCAACGAUAAUGUUGGCGGUAGGUGCUGCCCUUCGCGCCGGGUAGGUGAACUGUUGCCAUUUUGAACCAUUGCAUGUAUGUGAAGGUACAACCUCUGCCUCCCCAGCGGGCCCACAGAGCAAAUCAAGUGCGCUAUAGGCCUACCGCUGGCCAAUCAGAUGGCACAGAUGACCGUGUCUGCAGUAACGUAGCAGGCAUAAAAGAAAGCUACAGCAAAGUUGAUACUGUGAGAUUUUAAAAUGUUUAAAACCAUGACUAGAGAGAGACUGUCAACGAAUAUAGCAAAGAGAUGCUGUCGUGUAUGGGUGAGUUCAUGUUUAAGUUUUUACUCAGCACUGUCAACACUUUGUAUUAAACACUUUUACAAGCCAUAAAAUGUGCGGUUCUUCCUAUUUCCACUCAGCGCUACAACAAGCACUGCAGCAGUAAUGAAUUAGUAGGAAAGUGUAUCUAUAGCAGUGGAGGCUCCUCAGAGGAGGAAGGGGAGGACCAUCCUCCUCAGUGAAUUUCAUAAAAAUAAAAAUGUAAAACAAUGAAAAAGUUAUCCUUUUUAGAUAAAACUAUACUAAAUAUAUUUACGUCACCAAAUAAUUGAUUAAAACACACUGUUUUGCAGUGAAGGUCUACAGUAGCCUCAACAGCACUCUGUAGGGUAGCACUAUGGUGUAGCCGGAGGACAGCUAGCUUCCGUCCUCCUCUGAGUACAUUGAUUUCAAUACAAAACCUUGGAGGCUCUUGGUUCUCACCCCCUUCCAUAGACUUACACAGUAAUUAUGACAACUUCCGGAGGACGUCCUCCAACCUAUCAGAGCUCUUGCAGCAUGAACUGACAUGUUGUCCACCCAAUCAAAGGAACAGAGAAUGAAUCUAGUACUGAAAGCAUAAGCUACAGCUAGCUAGCACUUCAGUGCAUAAAAUAUGGUGAGUAGUUGACUCAAAGAGAGAGAAAGACAAUAGUUGAACAGUUUUCAACAAAUUAAUUUCUUCAAAAAUGAAGGAGAAGCAAGAGAGAGAGAGAGGUUUCGUCAUUUUUUUCACUUUCAGUUUCACUGACUUAGCUAGCAAAUGCAGCUGGCUAGUUUAGUUACUCAAACACCCGGCUCAAACAGAGGGAUGCUAUGUUAGCUAGCUGGCUAUGACUAUCCAACACAACGCUGGAACUCUUCCAAGUCAAGGUAAGUUUUUGGUUUUAUUAAUUUAUUGAAUUUGUCACAGUCUGUCCGUGUGUCACUGUCUGUCAUCUCAAAUGUUUCUCUCGACCUGUGUGCACCUACGUUGUAAGCUUUCAUUCAUAGGAUAGGUUGUAGCAACCUCAUGAUGGGUAUAGGGAAAAUUUGAGUAUCAUGUAGUAGCCUAAACCUAUCGAUGUUACAUUGAACUGGGUGAAUGGAAUAUGAAUGACAGUCAUCCAACAUGCUGUAAUAGGAAUAAGGCCAUGCUCAUGAAAAAGAAAAUCAUCCUCCCUCAUCAUAAACGGCACUGACCGCCACUGAUCUGUAGGCUUGUGUUGUUAUUAGUAGCGGCUUGGGUCUUUUUAAUAUCGAGGAAUAUUUCGCAUUCUCUGUUCAUAAGAGUAACAACAUGAAUUUGUGCAUGAGGCAGAAAUAAUGCAGUGCGACUCGAGUUUCGCAAGCUGGAAGACGGUGUCCCUUUUUGGUCAGUGUCCGUGGAGGAACGGGAGAGAGGAUGGAUGUUGAGAGGUGAACCCUUAGUCUGCUGCUCUCUCCCUCUGCUGAGACUGACCAUCAGAUGCAGGCAGUGGCGUGUAUUCAUGGAUGCCAAGGGACUUGACCAAUAAAAAUAAAAGAAAAUAAAAAAUACAAUAAUUUAUCUUUCGUCUCUGUGUUUCAUAAUUGUCCUUCAAUUCGCAAGAGGCUGAAUGUACAGUGGGGGAAAAAAGUAUUUAGUCAGCCACCAAUUGUGCAAGUUCUCCCACUUAAAAAGAUGAGAGAGGCCUGUAAUUUUCAUCAUAGGUACACGUCAACUAUGACAGACAAAUUGAGAAAAGAAAAUCCAGAAAAUCACAUUGUAGGAUUUUUUAUGAAUUUAUUUGCAAAUUAUGGUGGAAAAUAAGUAUUUGGUCACCUACAAACAAGCAAGAUUUCUGGCUCUCACAGACCUGUAACUUCUUCUUUAAGAGGCUCCUCUGUCCUCCACUCGUUACCUGUAUUAAUGGCACCUGUUUGAACUUGUUAUCAGUAUAAAAGACACCUGUCCACAACCUCAAACAGUCACACUCCAAACUCCACUAUGGCCAAGACCAAAGAGCUGUCAAAGGACACCAGAAACAAAAUUGUAGACCUGCACCAGGCUGGGAAGACUGAAUCUGCAAUAGGUAAGCAGCUUGGUUUGAAGAAAUCAACCGUGGGAGCAAUUAUUAGGAAAUGGAAGACAUACAAGACCACUGAUAAUCUCCCUCGAUAAAAAAAAUUUAAUAAUAAUAAUUGGUCAUUUAGCAGACGCUCUUUUCCAGAGCGACUUACAGGAGCAAUUAGGGUUAAGUGCCUUGCUCAAGGGCACAUCGACAGGUUUUUCACCUAGUCGGCUCGGGGAUUAGAACCAGCGACCUUUUGGUUACUGGCACAACGCUCUUAACCACUAAGCUACCUGCCGCCCACGCAAGAUCUCACCCCGUGGGGUCAAAAUGAUCACAAGAACGGUGAGCAAAAAUCCCAGAACCACACGGGGGGACCUAGUGAAUGACCUGCAGAGAGCUGGGACCAAAGUAACAAAGCCUACCAUCAGUAACACACUACGCCGCCAGGGACUCAAAUCCUGCAGUGCCAGACGUGUCCCCCUGCUUAAGCCAGUACAUGUCCAGGCCCGUCUGAAGUUUGCUAGAGUGCAUUUGGAUGAUCCAGAAGAGGAUUGGGAGAAUGUCAUAUGGUCAGAUGAAACCAAAAUAGAACUUUUUGGUCAAAACUCAACUCGUCGUGUUUGGAGGACAAAGAAUGCUGAGUUGCAUCCAAAGAACACCAUACCUACUGUGAAGCAUGGGGGUGGAAACAUCAUGCUUUGGGGCUGUUUUCUGCAAAGGGACCAGGACGACUGAUCUGUGUAAAAGGAAAGAAUGAAUGGGGCCAUGUAUUGUGAGAUUUUGAGUGAAAACCUCCUUCCAUCAGCAAGGGCAUUGAAGAUGAAAUGUGGCUGGGUCUUUCAGCAUGAAAAUGAUCCCAAACACACCGCCCGGGCAACGAAGGAGUGGCUUCGUAAGAAGCAUUUCAAGGUCCUGGAGUGGCCUAGCCAGUCUCCAGAUCUCAACCCCAUAGAAAAUCUUUGGAGGGAGUUGAAAGUCCGUGUUGCCCAGUGACAGCCCCAAAACAUCACUGCUCUAGAGGAGAUCUGCAUGGAGGAAUGGGCCAAAAUACCAGCAACAGUGUGUGAAAACCUUGUGAAGACUUACAGAAAACGUUUGACCUGUGUCAUUGCCAACAAAGGGUAUAUAACAAAGUAUUGAGAAACUUUUGUUAUUGACCAAAUACUUAUUUUCCACCAUAAUUUGCAAAUAAAUUCAUUAAAAAUCCUACAAUGUGAUUUUCUGGAGAAAAAAAUUCUAAUUUUAUCUGUCAUAGUUGACGUGUACCUAUGAUGAAAAUUACAGGCCUCUCUCAUCUUUUUAAGUGGGAGAACUUGCACAAUUGGUGGCUGACUAAAUACUUUUUUUCCCCACUGUAUCUCACAGGAGAAAGCAUCCGAGCGAGCAAAACAGCGCCCCUCUAUCUCUCUACGUGUUGGCCAUCUAUCUGAUGCUGUCUGAUCCAAACGAGUAUGACAUUGUUGCCGCCCAUAGCAUUGAAUGCAAGGGAAGCUAGCAAGCAUUUGGCCUCCCUUGAUUAAAAAAAGUAUACUGGAUGCAGGCACCAUCAGCCCAGUAAAUUAAAAGUAAAAAGCAAGUUAUUUAAAUGUAUGCUCACUCAGCUGUGCUUCACAAGUAAUACAACAACGGACCUGUUAUAAUAGCCUACCUCAAAUUUUGCAAUUUAAUUUAAAUAAAUGGCCGAACAAAAAUGCAUUGGCAGGGCAAUUCAAGCUAAGCCAAAAUGCAUUGAUAAUGUAUUGGGCCUAUAGCUAACUGCACAAACCUCAUUGCUACAGUACUGUUUUUAAUUGGUUAAUGUUGCAUAGGCUUACGUUUUUUGUAAUGUAAAAAAUAAUCUGAGCGGUAGAUCUCGGCUUGCAUUUUGACGCAAAGUCAUCUUGACUCAGAAAAGGUGGGUGUCCACUGUUCUAGAGUUUUCCCUGUUAACACUAUCAACGUUUCCCUUUACUGUGGCAAUUGUGAUCGAAUCAACGCAAUAUUAGCCAUUUAAACCGCUUGGAAAAUUCCUUAAUAUGAUGUCAUGGCUUUAGAAGCUUCUGAUAGGCUAAUUAACAUCAUUUGAGUCAAUUGGAGGUGUACCUGUGGAUGUAUUUCAAGGCCUACCUUCAAACUCAGUGCCUCUUUGCUUGACAUCAUGGGAAAAUCUAAAGAAAUCAGCCAAGACCUCAGAAAAUAAAUGGUAGACCUCCACAAGUCUGAUUCAUCCUUGGGAACAAUUUCCAAACGCCUGAAGGUACCAUGUUCAUCUGUACAAACAAUAGUACGCAAGUAUAAACACCAUGGGACCACGCAUCCGUCAUACCGCUCAGGAAGGAGACACCUUCUGUCUCCUAGAGAUUAACGUACUUUGGUGCGAAAAGUGCAACUCAAUCCCAGAACAACAGCAAAGGACCUUGUAAAGAUGCUGGAGGAAACAGGUACAAAGGUAUCUAUAUCCACAGUAAAACGAGUCCUAUUUCGACAUAACCUGAAAGGCCGCUCUGGUUUGAUGAAACAAAAAUAGAACUGUUUGGCCAUAAUGACCAUCGUUAUGUUUGGAGGAAAAAGGGGGUGGCUUGCAAGCUGAAGAACACCAUCCCAACCGUGAAGCACGGGGGUGGCAGCAUCAUGCUGUGGGGGUGCUUUGCUGCAGGAGGGACUGGUGCACUUCACAAAAUAGAUCGUAUCAUGAGGAAGGAAAAUUAUGUGGAUAUAUUGAAGCAACAUCUCAAGACAUCAGUCAGGAAGUUAAAGUUUGGUCGCAAAUCGGUCUUCCAAAUGGACAAUGACCCCAAGCAUAUUUCCAAAGUUGUGGCAAAAUGGCUUAAGGACAACAAAGUCAAGGUAUUGGAGUGGCCAUCACAAAGCCCUGACCUCAAUCCUAUAGAACAUUUAUGGGCAGAACUGAAAAAGCGUGUGCGAGGAAGGAGGCCUACAAACCUGACUCAGUUACACCAGCUCUGUCAGGAGGAAUGGGCCAAAAUUCACCCAACUCAUUGUGGGAAGCUUGUGGAAGGCUACCUGAAACGUUUGACACAAGUUAAACAAUUUAAAGGCAAUGCUACCAAAUACUAAUUGAGUGUAUGUAAACUUCUGACGCACUGGGAAUGUGAUGAAAGAAAUAAAAGCUGAAAUAAAUCAUUCUCUCUACUAUUAUUUGACAUUUCACAUUCUUAAAAUAAAGUGGUGACUCUAACUGACCUAAGACAGGUAAUUUCUACUAGGAUUAAAUGUCAGGAAUUGUGAAAAACUGAGUUUAAAUGUAUUUGGCGAAGAUGUAUGUAAACUUCCUACUUCAACUGUAGCUAUAGUGAUCCAUAUUAGUCUGAUUAAUAUUGUAAGGCAAAAUAUUGUGGUUGCAACAUUGCGAUGUUGACGCAUGCUUUAUUGUCAUAAAUAUCGAACCUAUAGCCUUAUUUAUUGAAAGACAUUAACAUUAAAUUAUGGCUGAAAGUAAAUUUGUUGAAAGUAACGAGCAGUACAAACCAUAAACAUGGAAAUAAGACAGAUAUUGCACUCUUCUCACCUGCCUUUACUUCCGUCCCCAGCCUGUGAUACUUCGGCCCCACCGGCAGGUACAAAAGUAACGUUGCGGUAGUUCCGUUCUCUGACUAUUUAAUUUAAACUAAUUUAACCUAGAAAUGAAAUUACAGUUGCUAAUGGUAGAGGACAUACGGUGGCUCUAGCUCUAUCAAUUGCUGAGUAAAUAGGAAAGAAACAAAAAGUGUUACUUCGAUACCAGUUCUCCCCUAGUGCUGAAACAUAGCAAGGGCUGUACUGUACAGCGUUUCUCAACCAUUUCUGUACCAGUGACUGGCGAGACAUGGUUCUCCUCCUCUUUUGUAUCCAGCUCAUGUUUAAAACAAAUACAAUAUGUAAAAACACCACCGGAGAUACAACUCAGCACUAUAACUGUGCCUCUGCUCUAGCCAUUUUGUUUUCCUCCCUGUUGUGCUGUGUGUCUGUCUCAGUAUCUUCUCUGCUGUCACUCUGUGCUUCUUCUAGUUCUCUGUCUGUCGGUCUGCUUCAGCCAUGUACGUUAUAAAUGCCAAGCUAAAUACUUAGGCUAUACUGUCAUAUGUGUUUCCCUGAAUCAACACCUACCCUCAUUAUGAAUUACUAGGCCAUUACAGGGGGCUGGCCAUUCCCACUGGUGCCACUAACCUUUACAGUUCGUGGCACCAGCCCGGACCCAAGUCAUUAGUAAUCAUCAUAUAAAGUCAUUCAUAGCGCUUUAUUAAGAAGUAUAAUAAAUAGACAACUGAGGUAUUUAAGAAAUAAGUUGUUUCAUCUAACACAUCCAGGAAAGCAUGAUUCUUUGAUAUUUUGAUGUGCAACCUAAUCCAGUGAUUGUCAUACAUUUUUGGGUUGACAAUUAGGCUAUAGUUGCUAUAUUUUACUGCUAAAAUAGGACUCCAAAUGAUGGUUUUAGCUGCCCAAAAAAUAGGAAGUUCUGAUUAUAUGUUUUUAUAGAGAUGGAUUACAUACACAUGUAUGUGCACUAAAUAAUAUCAUAGGCAAAUUAAUUUGGUGUUCAACACCUGUGGAAGUAGAAACUCAAAACACAUUAACUAGAUCGCUAACUCUAAAUAUAAUACCCACUGGUAGUAGCCGUGUAUUCAUCCAACAUUAAAUGUAAUGUCCUAAAAAAACUUGCAGUUGUAGGCUACUACCCAUGAGACCUCUAUAGGCCUAUGUCCUCGCAAUGGCCGGUGGGCAUUUCAUACGCUCACCGCUUCAUAUCUCAAAGCCAUAUCAAAUAUCUUGGUUGUAAAAUAGUUGCUAUUGAGCUGAAUAUCGAGAAAAAUAUAUACCUACAGAAAGCUAAGACCCUCCUCGCUUCGACAGGAAUAAGGGCACGAAGCUUCCAAAGGUGUGUUUUUUUUAAACAUUUUGAAAUGUUAUAUGAUCAGAGCACAUGUUUCUCUACAGCAUAUGGGGGGAGAGGAGAGUCACUCGCUCAUCACAGCAGCAGGCCCCAGCUGUUUGACCAAAUGAUGGUUUUAGCCGCCCAAAAAAUAGGAAGUUCUGAGUGAGGUGAAAAUGUAGUGUGCUCUUCUACUUUUAUAGGCACCCUUUGCUUUUGUUUUACAAUCUAUGAUCUUGGCUGUCUAACUGAUGACAGAGUCAGAGGAGGUCUCUUUGCUGAUGCCGCAUUUGACUUUGAAUGUGAGUUUGCGUGACCUCAGCUCAGCCUACCAUAAAACCGGGGACCGGCCAUUGCCCACUGAUCAGCCAAAGGCUCAUUAUAUAUUAGUAUAAGAGAGAAAUUGCAUAAACAUCUUUUAAAAAAGGCCCAUUUGAUUAGUUUUAUUUUUAUAUACAGUAUAAAAAAAUAUUUUGGUGUGUGUCAAUUUCGACCAGCCCACCCAACAAAAAAAUGGUCCAGCCCAUCUGGCAUUUGCCAGAUGCCCAAUCCAACCCUGUUAGAUACCACUGGAGGAAGGACCUUUGAAACUAGUCCUUAUGAAACCAUGUUAACAGCUGUCAUUUGUUGUUCGAUGUUCUGUUGUAGACCGUGCAGUGGCAACCCUGUUUGCCACCUCACUGUUGUCACUUGAAAAAUCAAAGGUAUAAUGAACAAGUACAGACACAGUGUGACAGUGGCAUCAAAACCAUGCGAUUAGUGAUCACCAUUGCAGUGUAAAAAGAGUGUGUGGUUGGGGUGCUUUCACGAAUUGUGUUUUUCCCAUGCUCACAUGCUGUGUUUGUGCCAAGACAACAGGCAUAUUUUUCCCCAGGGUCGGGGAUAGUGGAGAGGCUGCAGUACGCUGGCUACCUGGGGCAGAUCCACCGCAGCAGGGAGCCGACCACCAUCCUCCACCAGGCGCUGGCCGAGCUCUCUGUCGUCCCCUACCUGUAGGACCUCAGCCACGCAGACAUCACACUGGUAAACAACUAGCAGAGUCUCUGGCCAAAAUUGUAUACAGUUUUAUAUUACAGCCUACUUUGCACUGACUCAUCCUCUGUACACUGACACACAACAGGAUGCAGUGACCUCAGCAUGACUCUGGUAAUAUCAGAGGAGAUGCAGGGGUGGAUAGAAGUUCUCUCUUGGGCCUGAGGUGCACUUUAACAGCACACAGGCAAAAAGACCUAGGCUAGUUUGUUUUAAUAAAGUCUUAAAUUAUGCACGCCAAUAAGCAGGGCUUUGUUUUUAAUAUUUAUGAGUCGGGAGAAAUCAGCAAAGCAAAGGCUGGGUCUUGUGUGUGUGUGUGUGUGUGUGUGUGUGUGUGUGUGUGUGUGUGUGUGUGUGUGUGUGUGUGUGUGUGUGUGUGUGUGUGUGUGUGUGUGUGUGUGUGUGUGUGUGUGUGAGAGAGAGAGAGAAAAUGGAGGAGGUGAUGUACGUAGAUCUCAUUUGGGUAUACAGUGUGCUGUGCUGCUGAAGCUCUAUAAUUGCUUCUUCACUAGAUUAGUGCUGCGCAGUGGUGAGAUUAACCCAGAUCAAUUGCAGCGUGAUGGCUGUAAUAUUGCAACCAAAUCUGCCAUGAAUAGAGAACCAGGGAAGGGGGGCUUCUAAUUAGAUCCAUGUUUGUGUAGGCAACAACAACAGCCAUGACAGUUUCUACUACUUCAGAUAGUACUGUAUACGUUAAAGGGUCGCCUGCCACAUACACUGGGGCCAUGAUGAUGUGCUUCCUUUUAACAUGAUGUGCCUCCUUUCCAAAACAAUUAUAUUUCUGUCUGAGUGAAUUAGUUUAAAUACCCAGUCACAGCUCUUGUAGUGCAUGUAAAUGGAUAGUUCCACGCAGUCGCUCAGUAUUGGGAGCCUGGGAGUGUGUGAGCCACUGUGCUGUUAGUAGUUCUCCUUUGAGUUUCCAGUGGAUGUCCAGCCGGAGACCAAAACUAACACAGUUUUACCGGCAAGCGCCCUCUCUAUCAGGAGAUUUAAUAAUUCAGAACACAUGCUGCAGGUUGGUGAAUUGCCCUCAGAAAAGUCUCCUAUGUCUGGAGAAAUGGAAGGGGGAAAGUAUUUCUGCCUAAAAACAAGUGGUGAAAGCAGAUGCAUCCGCCACAGUCAGACCUUCAUACAACAAUAUGUCAUAUAGGCCAUUUAGCAGAUGCUUUUAUCCAAGUGUGUGUGUUUGUGUGUGUGUGUGUUUGUGUGUGUGUGUGUAUUCCUGUAUGAGUGUGUGUGUGAAUACUGGGCUGCCCUCCUCUCGGCCAUCUCUCCUGACAUCACACACAGUGCUGCAGAUGAAUGGGCUCCAGUGUACAGCCCCAUGUAUAUUACCUCCUCCCAUGCACCUUGAUGGACAAGUGCUGUUUGACCAUUUGUACACAUUGUCUCCCCCUCGCCCGCCACUGCCGUAACAGGCCCCAGCACCCAGGCUUCUGACCAUGUAGAAAAAGACAACAUGGCAGCCCUCAUUGUAUGAGGAAUGAGUUAUAAAAAUCAGCAUCUAACAAAUUAUUUUUUAAUUAGCUUUUAAGUCUGUGUGUUUGGAGAAGUUAUUGCUGGUGUGUGAAUUGUGCUCUGAUAAUCUUUAUCUCGGGCCCACAGCUGCAGGCUCUAAUGGCAGACACCAUGAACACCCUUGAAGAAAGGCGGACUGAUAGAGAACGUGUAUGGAAUGAAAUGCAAAAGGUAAAUAGAGAGAAGGGGAAAAGGACAAUGAGAGCGAGGAGAGGACAAGAGGAUAGAAAUACCAACGUCUACACUGUACCCUCCAAACACAGACUUAGCAUUCUCCCGGCAAAAUCAAAAUAACGAUUUGACAUAUAAAAUCAGGAAAGAUAAUGUACAUUUUGUGUGGGGAUAUCCUUGUGGCAUGCCUGUCAUCUCUGUUAAGAUUAACAAUGCCUACUAAACUUUGAAAUGGCAUGGCUCACAGGAGGGAGAGGCCCAUAACAAAUGUUCAGGCCAAAUUAUUUUCUUUGUUAAUUAGUGAGACUUUGGCAUUUCAUCUCACUACGUACAUAGUGCUGCAAACAACCCUGGCUGUAAAGUUACUGAAAUACUUUCAUGCACAUUAGCGUAUAAACAUCAAGCCGUCUUGGGCUGGAGCCUCGAUGGACGGCUGGAAAUCAAAGAGAAAUCACAUUACAAUAUCCCUGAUUGCAUUUCCAUGCUCUCUCUCUCUCUCUCUUGGGGAGUUGUUGCCUGGUGCCUGGUUGGUAUGGGACUGAGCAGUGGAGAGGGAGGGGAUACAGGCUGCAGUCAGGAGGGAGGCAGCAGGGCAGCCAUGGUUAAUGAUGAAUGGGGGCGCAGGGCAGUGCAUCACUGGGUCAGUCUCUCUCACACCCAGCGGAGCAUGACCACAGCCGUUAGUGAUAGGCCGAAUUAAUCAUGCCAUCAGGUCUCCCCAAUACACCCAGCACACAUACCCCCAGACACACAUAUCGGCACACACACAUUCUCACACCUUAAAUGCCCACUGCCACAGGCUGUGAACCUAGCGCUGGUGGAUGGGUCUUUUUCACUCCCUAUCUGACCCAUAUGUCCUUCCCAUGCAGGGUCUGCCAAACUGAGCAGGAGAUGGUUGGGCUGGGGAAAUGUUUAUGUUUCAAUGUUUAAACAUGUAAUCACCGUAAUGGAUACAGUAAUAGGUGUAAUGUACUUGAAUUAUUCAAUAGGACAUUACCGUACACCAUUUCAAUAUUAAACUGAUUUUCACUGAAAGGUGAAACUACAUUAUUGGUCAGUCACCCUGAAUUUAUUGUGCAUGUUGAAUUGACAUUGUAAUUUACCGUCAUUGUAGAGGGUGUAAUUUUUGUUGUUAUCUGGAGUGUCUAAAAUCAGUUGUUAAACUGAGAGACAUAGGGCCAUAAGGUUGUGGAGGAAAAUCGGAGCACUGCAAAAAAUGUAGGCUACCCUAUAAUCCACUCUAUCACUCAAGUAUUUUAUAGCCUGUGCUAGCAUACAUACACAAAUACACUCUAUAAAAUUGAUUCAAUUUAGGGGGGGGGGGGGGGGGGGGGGGGGGGGGGGUUGUUCUAAGAUGGCUUAUGGAAUUGUUUUAGGAUGGUCACACCAAGGAUUAUGUGGCUAUUUGAUUUUGAAUUUUAAGGCCAUUAAAGGUAUAUAUUUUGGGGGGGGUCAUUAAUUUCGCAUUACUGCUAUUAGCCAAUAGAAACGCAUGGAAUAACAGAUUCACUACAUGAAACAACAGAUAGUCCCAUGUAUUUAUCCCCUUAUUUUAGGCACUAAACUAUCUCCAUAUAUACUUCCAUUAAAACCAUCAUGUUUGUGAGAGUCUCAUCUGUCAAUAGAGUGGUCGUAAUCGUUUUUAGGCCAAACCGUUCGGACGCUACAUACGAUUUUGUGGGAUGUCUCAUGGUCUGACAAACACUGCUCUAGCUCUGCCACCUUUCACUGCAGAUGCAGAAGGGCGAUAUCAGCAGAUGCAGUGGAUUGAGACGCAGCCCAUGCAACAAAAAAAAAGAGAAACACUACAUGACCAAAGGUAUGUGGACACCUGCUCGUCGAGCAUCUCAUUCCAAAAUCAUGGGCAUUAAUAUGGAGUUGGUCUCCUGUUUGCUGCUAUAACAGCCUCUACUCUUCUGGGAAGGCUUUCCACUAGAUUUUGGAACAUUGCUGCGGGGACUUGCUUCCAUUCAGCCACAAAAGCAUUAGUGAGGUCGGCACUGAUGUUGGGCGAUUAGGCCUGGCUCGCAGUCGUCGUUCCAAUUCAUCCCAAAGGUGUUCGAUGGGGUUGAGGUCAGGGCUCUGUGCAGGCCAGUCAAGUUCUUCCACACCCAAUCUUGACAAACCAUUUCUGUAUGGACCUCGCUUUGUGCAUGGGAGCAUUGUCAUGCUGAAACAAGAAAGGGCCUUCCCCAAACUGUUGCCACAAAGUUGAAAAUACAGAAUUGUCUAUAAUGUCAUUGUAUGCUGUAGCGUUAAGAUUUCCCUUCAAUGGAACUAAGGGGCCUAGCACGAACCAUGAAAAACAGCCCCAGAUCACCAAACUUAACAGUUGGCACUAUGCAUUCGGGCAGGUAGCGUUCUCCUGGUAUCCGCCAAACCCAGAUUCGUUCGUCGGACUGCCAGAUGGUGAAGCGUGAUUCAUCACUCCAGAGAACGCAUUUCCACUGCUCCAGAGUCCAAUGGCAAGCUUUACACCCCUCCAGCCGAUGCUUGGCAUUGCACAUGGUGAUCUUAGGCUUGUGUGCAGCUGCUCUGCCAUGGAAACCCAUUUCAUGAAGCUCCUGACGAACAGUUAUUGUGCUGCUGUUGCUUCCAGAGGCAGUUUGGAACGUGGUAGUGAGUGUUGCAACCAAAGACAGACGAUUUUUACGUGCUACGAGCUUCAGCACUCAGCGGUCCCCUUCUGUGAGCUUGUGUGGCCUACAACUUCGCGGCUGAGCCGUUGUUGCUCCUAGACAUUUCCACUUCACAAUAACUACACUUACAGUUAACCGGCCAGCUCUAGCAGGGCAUACAUUUGACGAACUGACUUGUUGGAAAGGUGGCAUCCAAUGAUGGUGCCACGUUGAAAGUCACUGAGCUCUUCAGUAAGGCCAUUCUAUAGCCAGUGUUUGUCUAUGGAGAUCGCAUUGCUGUAUGCUCGAUUUUAUACACCUGUCAGCAACAGGUAUGGCUGAAAUAGCCGAAUCCACUAAUUUGAAGGGGUGUCCACAUACUUUUAUACAUAUAGUGUAUCUCUAGCUUAAAACAGACGGAUUUUGAUGGGGAUUUUUAAUUCGAUUUUUGUGCGGGCGCGACCAUUGUAGGGUUAAUUACACGUUGGAUGGUGUAUCAAUACACCCAGUCACUACAAAGAUACAGGAGUCCUUCAUAACUCAGUUGCCGGAGAGGAAGGAAACCGCUCAGGGAUUUCACCAUGAGGCCAAUGGUGACUUUAAAACAGUUACAGAGUUUAAUGGCUGUGACAGGACAAUAACCUAAAGCACAAGGCCAAAUCUAUGAAUACUUUCUGAAGGCACUGUAUGCCUGGCGCUUUUUGCUUCAUGUAUCCUGAGAGUGGCAAUCAACCUUUUCUCAAUACCAUAAUUUAUUGAGUGUGGCUGCUCCAGAAAUAUUAGAGGUGGCAAGUUCAUUCUCUCUCCUCCUCGGCUCUCUUCAACUCGCAUAAAUCAGCAGGGCAUUAACUGAGAAAUAAAUGACGACUUGAUUCUGUAACAGCAAGGUCUGCAUACACAUAGAUUUUCCUGUUUGUUUUUAGCCAGUCAAUAUAAGACAUUGGCCCUUGCUGUAAAUUCCAUUACAUAAAAAUAAGUGCACUUUCCCCAGUUCCGGCAGACGGGUGGCAUCAAUGUUUUCCGCUCCAUAAAAUAUCUAUAAGAAAUGUGGAAUGCGCCGCAGCACUGCAGUGUUUUACUCAAACGUCCAACUCUAUUUCCAACCCCUCUCUGGAAAGAUGGAAAAGCUUACGAUCAGUGUAUAUGUGAGUGCUUGUACAAGAGUCUGUGCUCAAACAAAGCACAAAGGAAAACUAGAAAGUAGUUUAAAACUGUGACUCACCAUCAAGUUUCAUUUCUAUUGAUUUAUUGACACUGUAACAUUAAAAAGGUCACUAAAAGGGGCCACACCCUAUUGUUUGGACUGGGCUGCAUUGCAUAUAUGAAUACAUUUGAGUGUCAGUCAAUAGGGUAACACUCCACACAUGUCCCUAAUCGCCCCCCCUUUCCUACCCAGCCCCUUUGUUUUCAUCCCCGUGGUGAUGAGGGCUGACAGGUUUGACGGACACUUUGACAGGCGUCAUAUCACAGCUCAGCUCCAGCAACACGGCACGGCAGCCUCUGUAGAUAGAUAGCACAGCCACAAUACCGUCAGCCCCGGGCCCUGGGCCAUCUGAAGAUGCUGCUGCUUUUCAUAUACAAAGUGGUGCAGAUGCAUCCCGCACACUAAUAGAGAGGCUAACUGAGGGUGAGAAAGUGCAGGACGAGGGUGAACUGGUCGAUGUCUCAGCCCCACAUCUCCUGCUCUGAGUUGAGGUGAAUCCCCAGGGUAUGGCUGUGGAGGUGGGUCUCAGAUCCCACUAAUAGAAACACAAACCCCAGCAUCAUCACCACCAUCAGACUGACUCCUCUGUCAGUCACAACACACACAUCUCUUUCAUCUUUUAUCUCCCUCUAUCUCCAUCUUUCUCUUUCAGUCUCACUCGUUCUUUUAUCUCCCACCUCUCUCUCUCCUUCUCUCUCACCUCCACCUCACUUUGAGUGCUCCCUCUCCAUCUUUCCCCCGUUCCCCAAAUAGGUUUUUCUAAAUUCAUCUCUUCAUCAUACAUUCACUUUCAUAUUUCACUCCCUUUCUCCCCCUCCCUUUCUCCGGUAUGAGCUCAGGCUGGGCACAGUAAAUUCCCAUGCCAAGCCUUCACCUCACAAAUGAAUGAGGGAGGUACAGGCCAAACCCCUACAUCUCUACCAGGUAAUUACAUCCCUGGUGGGUUGGAGAGGAGAGGAGAGGAGAGAAGGGGGCUGGGCUACUGGGCUCGGCUCACAACACACAACCUCCUCUGGAAAAUCUGUUUACAUGUGAAAAGUGUUCGUUAUUGCUUAUAACACACUGUGACUUCUUUUGUGUUUUUAAUUGUUUUUCUGCUCAGGUGGGGAUACUGGAGGAUCUGUUGUUCCAACUGGAGGAGACCUAUCUGAAGAACAAGGCUCAGAGGGCCAGAAGGAAGCAGAGGACUGGGGCCCAGGGGGUGGAGGGAAAAGCCCUGGGAAGACCCAAAGCAGAGGCCAAAGGAGGGGCUACAGUGGAGACGGACAAGGCCAAGGGCCCUCCCACAGCAGUAGCACCAAUGACCUUACCAGAUCCAGGAUCUGACGGCCAGGAUAGUGGAGACCCGCCCUCAUCCUCAAAAUGA